GGCGUGCGCCACCAUGACUAGAUUUUUUUUUUUUUUUUAGGUAGAGUCUUGCACUGUAGAUUAGGCUGCCCCUGAGUUUGCAAAUAAUUCUCCUGCCUCUGCUUCCUUGAGUGUCAGGAUUACAGACACCACACUUGGCUUUGUUGCUGGGUUUUCAUUUGUUUGGGACAGGAUCUCGCAUAGCCCCGCCUGGCAUUGAAUUCACUGUGUAUGAAGGAUAACCUUGAUCCCCCUGGAACAUCCUGCUCAUGGGUGCUUGGAUGCUGGCACAUAUCACCGUACUCUGUUUAUGUAGUGCUGGAUACGAACCCCAGGGUUUCCUGCAGGCCAGGCAAGCAUUCUGCCGACUGAGCUAACCUGAGACUUGCCAUUCUCCUGCCUCCACCUUUUAUGUGCUGGGGUUAUAGCCUGGGUCCCCAGUACCACCACUGUCUGCUGUUCAUUCCAAGGAUUCAUAGGUGGAUACAUUUCCUCCACUUUACAAAUGGGCAAACAGAGUGAGGUGCUGGCUCUGGAAUGGGCAAGGGUGGAGCUGGAACCCAGAACCUGUGGCCCCAGCUGUGUGUGCUCUAAGCCCCUGUCUUACAGUGUGCAGGGUCAGGAGGUACACAGGAUUCCCCAUCAUUCUGGCUGGCUUCUACUGGCCACCUGUCCAGGUAUUGCUGUGGCCCAGCCUCUGCCCUGUCCACUUGAUCUCACCCUCCCUCUGCCAACAGGCCGCAAGGCAGGGCUUUAUGGUUCUGAUAAAGCCACGUAGGGUCAAAGUCCAGGAACACUUCCUCCUCGGAGGGGGAGGGGGCCUCGGAGGGGCAGCGUCCCCGCCAGGACGGGAGGCUAGGGUGUGCCCUAGAGAUCCGUACCAGGGAGACGUGGUGAACUCUCCUGACAGCCGCUCCCUCUAGUAUAAGGGUCACCUGCAGCCUGCUACCAUUCCACACUCCCUCGCCUCUCUCAGGACAAGCUACCAGCCCAGACCCUCAAGAUGGCCUUUGUCCCUGCACCAGGCUACCAGCCCACCUACAACCCGACUCUGCCCUACAAGAGGCCCAUCCCAGGUGGCCUCAAUGUUGGAAUGUCCGUUUACAUCCAAGGAGUAGCCAAAGAGAACAUGAAACGAUUCCGUGUGGACUUCACUGUGGGGCAGGAUGAGGGGGCGGACAUUGCUUUCCACUUCAAUCCCCGCUUUGACGGCUGGGACAAGGUGGUCCUCAACACGAAGCAGAACGGACAAUGGGGCAAAGAGGAGAAGAAGAUGAGCAUGCCUUUCUCGAGGGGCAGCCACUUCGAGCUGGUGUUCAUGGUCAUGUCCGACUACUACAAGGUCGUGGUAAAUGGAAAUCCCUUCUAUGAAUAUAGACACCGGCUGCCGCUACAGAUGGUCAACCAUCUGCAUGUGGAUGGAGACUUGGAACUUCAGUCAAUCAACUUCCUUGGAGGCCAACUUGCCCCAGCCCCAUAUCCGGGACAUAUGGCUAGUCCACCUUACCCUGGUCCUGGGUACUACCCUCCACAGAUGAACAGCCUGCCUGUCAUGGCAGGGCCCCCAACCUUCAAUCCGCCUGUACCAUAUGUGGGGACCCUACAUGGAGGGCUUAUAGCCCGAAGAACCAUCAUAGUCAAGGGCUAUAUACUUCCCACAGCCAAGAACUUUAUCAUCAACUUCAAGGUGGGGUCUUCGGGGGACAUAGCUCUCCACAUCAACCCUCGUGUGGGUGAGGGCGUGGUUCGCAACACCUUUAUGAAUGGCUCCUGGGGCUCUGAGGAGAGGAAGAUCACCUAUAACCCAUUUGGCCCUGGGCAGUUCUUUGAUCUGUCAAUCCGCUGCGGCACGGAUCGAUUCAAAGUGUUCGCCAACGGCCAGCACCUUUUUGACUACUCACACCGGUUCCAAGCAUUCCAGAGGAUAGACAUGCUGGAGAUCAAAGGCGACAUCACCUUGUCCUAUGUCCAGAUCUGAGCUCCUCCUGGAAAAGACGAAAGACCCCUAGUUCUGUCUAAGCCUCUAAUAAAAUGU